CUUGACCCCGGCUUUUGUGUUGUGAAAAAAAUGGCGACGGGUUAGAGAACAGAAAAAUAUGUCGGAUUUAUUACAACUCUAUCGUGAUUUCCCCCUGUUUCUACUGAUCAGAGUUCUUCCAUAACAAUCUGCUACAAUGUGAUUUUUUAAAGAAACAUUUUAUUUUAAUGGGGAAAUCAUUCAACAACUAAAAACCAUGGGGUUGUUCCACAGAAGAAAGUGUCGGGUUGUUUUUUGUGUGUUGACCUUUUCAGCGAUAUUUUGUGAUUUUAUUCAGGCAAUACCAAGUUUCACAGAAUUCACAUUCCUAUUAGAGCCGAGCGACCUUGUGGUGUCCAGGGGUGAAGGCGCUACGCUCCACUGCUCCGCCCAAUCAGGUUCCACCUCACCCAAGGUCACGUGGGUCAAGGACGGGCAACCAUUGGACCUUGAUGCAAACAAAAAUGUUUGGUCCAAUGGGUCACUACAUAUCACGGAUGUCCAGAACUCAGACAGGGGGCUCUACCAGUGUAUGUCCAGUCUACCUAACCUAGGGACAAUAGUCAGCAGAACCGCUAGUCUUAGGACAGCUUAUCUUUCAAGAAACUUCCUAAUCCAGCCUCAGGAUCUGACGAUCUAUCUCCAGGAUGUCGCCAUGUUUCAGUGUCGCGGCGACGGACUGCCCGCGCCAAAUGUCACAUGGUACAAAGACAACAGCGUGUUACGUGACGUCAAAUCCAACAUCCGGAUUUAUCCGGACGGGGUGUUGGAGAUUAAUCCUGUGGAGUUCGCGGACUUCGGAACGUACUACUGUCAGGUGGAGAACAUAGAGAGGGGACGAAGCAGUCGUCUGGCCAAACUGGAACAGAACGGAAAUAUAGAAUCUCUGAAGGAGGGCAUGGCGCCGUCGUUUGUCAUCACGCCCCUGGAUACUCAGAUACAGGAGGGGUCAUCCACCGUUCUGUUCUGUGGGGCUAACGGGAGAGACCAUCUCGGGAAGCAGCCGGUCAUCACGUGGCUAAAGGACGGACUGACCAUAGACUUCACGCUGACACAAGGCAGACUUCAGAUGACAGGAGCCGGCAGUCUUCAGAUUUUUAACGUCCAGAAAUCAGAUGCAGGGACGUACUCUUGUCGGCCCAGUAACAUGGAGGACUCCAUAGACUCGGAGGCCACACUGACUGUCCUAGUUCCACCCAAAUUUCUGGUAAAGCCUGUAGAUCGGCUGGCUGAGGAGAAGACGGACGCCAUUUUUCGCUGUGAACUGGACGGUGCUCCUACCCCGGGAAUCUAUUGGACGAAGGACAGCAGCGCCAUAGUAACCUCUGAUUACGUCAUUGAGGACGGGAGCGAGCUCAGGAUUCUGGGAUUGGUUCCGUCUGACGCUGGCUUCUAUCAGUGUCAUGGAAAUAAUGAGCUAGGGAGUAUACAAGCUAUAGCUCAGCUCGUGGUGUUACCAAAUGGCCCUAUUUCCUCGACAGACAGCUAUCAGUUUUUUGGUCCGUACUCCAGUAACGGAGCAAAUCUACCCAGGGAGCCAUCCGAUCUGUCAGCGGCCAUCAUAUCUAAACGCUUCAUCACGCUCCGCUGGACUCAGCCCAGUAAUGGACAGGUGACCGGAUACUCUGUCUUCUGGAAAGAACAGGGGUCAACAAGAGAACGGAUGCUGAACACGACUCACACUGAGGCCAAUAUCCCGAGAUUGAAGCCAGACACGAGCUAUGAGUUCCGAGUACGAACCGUAAACAACUACGGAUUCAGCAGUAACUUCGCUCGUACUACAGUACGCACUGAUAAAGAUGUUGCUGUACCCAGCCCUGCGGUUGAUGUGUCCGCAGUCCCUCAGUCUCCGAGCUCUAUCCUCGUCUCCUGGAACCCUCCCCGUCAGCCCAAGGGACAAAUCACCAAGUACCUGCUGAUCUUCUCAGAGGCAGACAGCUCACACACGAGUCAGAUCGAGGUCACAGACACCAAGAAGCUGCUGAGAGGGUUGAUGGCCUUUAGGGAGUACACGUUCCACAUCGUGGCUGUCAAUGAGAAUGGGGAGGGCAUGAGUACCAGGGAAAUCUCCGCCAAAACGUUCUCAGACAAACCUUCAGAGCCGCCACAGAAUGCCACACUAGAGACGGCCAGUUCCACGUCAUUGAUUGUGAGGUGGGAUCCACCCCCCGCAGAUCAUCAGAACGGAAUCAUAACAGGAUACAAAAUCCGCUACAAGACGCGGGGGGCAUCCAGGAACGGAGCUACAGUCACCACGGACGGAAACCGACGACUGUAUGCUCUGACCAAUCUGGAGAAAGAUACGGAGUAUCAGGUGCGGAUCUCAGCGCUUACUGUGAACGGGAGCGGGCCGCUAACCCAGAAACUGUGGGCCACCACGUAUAAAGACGACCUGGACGAGUCUAAAGUCCCAGAUGCCCCCCGCCGUGUCCACGUGACAACGGACGACACCUCUAUACGUGUCUCCUGGUCUACCCCUCCCCCCGAGUCCAAGAUCAUGGUCAGGGGGUACAUACUGGGCUGGGGGAAGGGCGUCCCUGACACCGAGAAGAGGCACUUCGGGCCGGAGACUCACGUCUUCACCAUCAAAGAUCUCUUGCCUUCGUCAGAGUAUGUGAUAACUGUCAAAGCUAAAAACAACAAAGGAGAGGGACCGCCCCGAUACACCACUGCCACCACCACCAAAGAAUCAGUGCAUGAGUCAGUUCUACCCCUGAUGCCACCAGUUGGCCUGAAGACACAAGUUUUAUCUUCCACGACAAUCGUCUUAAUGUGGACCGACACCACACUGGGGGUCAAUCAGAUGGUUCAGGACACCCGCUACUACACAGUGAGGUAUCGUGUGGCCACCAACGUGGAGAGUGAAAAUAGCAGAUACUGGUACCAGAACUUUACUGACCUAAAUGCCCAUAUAGACAGUCUGAAGCCAAACACCAGGUACGAGUUUGAUGUCAAGGUCAUCAAAGGUCGUCGACAGAGUCCCUGGAGCAUGAAGGAAACCAACAGGACACAAGAAGCAGCCCCAGGCUCUCCGCCACUAGAUUUGACUCCAGUCCCCAAAGAAAAUGACCCCCGAGCUGUGAUCAUGAACUGGCAACCCCCAGCCAAACCGAACGGACAAAUCACAGGAUACCUGGUUUUCUAUACGACGGAUCCUAAACAAGAAUUACGCGCGUGGGUGGUGGAUGGAGUUCUGGAGGGGGACGAAUUAUCAGCGACGAUAAAACGACUGACACCAUCCACAACGUAUUACUUCAAAGUACAGGCUCGGAACAGUAAAGGCUACGGACCGCUGUCUGAAACUGUCAUCUACAAAACUCCCAAAGCGGACGGCAGUGGUGGCGGUCAGAUAAACCCCGAAUAUCCCCAACAGAUCGACGGGAAAAUCCCACCUCACAAUAGUAUACCACAGUCACCCAAACCAGAAGACAGUGGAAAUAGUGACGGACGAAGGGGAAGUAACUCUGAAGGCGGGCUGCCUACGGGAAUCAUGAACAUCAUCAUUGCGUCUGUCGUUGGGGCGACGUUCUGUAUCAUCAUCAUUGUUGUCGCCGUCAUCUACUGCAAGAGACGUGACAAUGAACAGAGACUAAAAAGACAAGCUCAACAGAAUCAGCAAUCUCCACUGAAGGCUAAAGGUCAAGGUCGUGACCUUAAACCCCCUGACCUCUGGAUCCAUGACAACAUGGAGAUGAAGAACAUAGACAAAGGUCAGAGAAGCGAGUCGACCUUGACAAUGAGCACAACUCGCCGGAGUUCUAAUGAUUACAGAUCGAUGGAUGAUCUUCCACCUUACCAUGAGGAGAGAAAUGAGAUGUACUAUCAUCCACCAUCUGAUCACGAAGAACGGGAGAGGUUCCUGCCCCCCAGACAACCUAACCCCGGGAUAAUCCGCCCCAAGGCCACCAAACCUCUCAUGAUUUCUGUUGAUGCUCAGCCACCACCCAGGGAACCUAUAGCCAUGGUGACGGCUCUACCUAAUGGAGCGUUGAACAUGGACCGUGGAGAGGCGGGGAUGUUAUCACGGCCGGGAUUUCCCCGGACCCAGUACAACAUGCAGUACACCAGUGGAGGGGGACCCAGGGUCAAUGCUGGGGAUCUACCUCAACCCCCACCAAUUCAAGCAUUUCCUGUAGAGUAUGCAUACAAACGUCCCGCUUUUGAUGAUGACGAUAGCUCCAGCUUACACAGUUGUCAUGACGACCAUUCCUUUUCCAGUAGAUCCAUUGGCUAUGGCCAGAGGCCCCCUGACUGUCACUCCUUGGGUCAAGGUCAGCCUAUGGCUGUCAUAUCGCCCGGACAACACGAGUUUGACGGUUACCGAAGUCUGCCCCGAGGAAACCGACCAAUGAGAAGCUUUACAUCCCCGAACCCCCAUAAUUACCCCAAACCGUUGUCAGGGGUUCAUCACCAUAGCACCCCAAAACAUCAGAUAGUAAAACCACAGCAAUCUCCAUAUAAGAAGGCAGGGCCACCAUUAUCAGCUGUACCUGUAAAACCUCGUGCCAUACCCGUCAUAAAACCAAAGGCUCCAGACGUCGUACUGAAAGCAGGGGCUGACCCAGACAUACAGAAAUCAGAGAGCACAGAAGAAUUAUCUGCUGAAAUGGCGAACCUGGAUUGUUUAAUGAAAGACUUGAAUGCCAUUACCCAGCAGAACUUUGAAGUGUAGCCUCGUUCUUAGUCAGCUAAUGUAGUGUAGUGUUAAAUAAACCCAGAAAAUUCUUCAAUCCCAGGAAACGAAAUAUUCUUAGUAUAAUACAGGAAAACCUGGGUGAAGAUUCUACUACAAGAUUUUGUGGAUUAAGGUGUCACCCUUGUACAAUUGUACUGGUGGGAGAAAGUGAUGUUAAAUAAACGUCUUUGGGCAUCUAUUUGGAACUCUCCACUUGGAGUAAUUCAAUAAUGUCAAAAUGGAAUGAAAAAGUCAGUUUAUCAGUAAUCAAAUUGCAUUGAAAAUGGAAUUAAACAAGCAUUUUUGGCUUGAGGUAGUGAAGUGAAUUUUCAAAAUAAGGACAUUUUUAAGUGAACGUGAAAUAAGAGCAGUAUGUGAUCCAAAUUGGAAAGUCCAACUCUGUGAAAUAUGAGUGGUUACUGCUUGAAGAAGUAAAAAGGAAAGUGAAAUUUCUGUUAAUUAACACACUCAUUAAUUAAUCAACAAAUACAGUAGUAAAUCUGUAGAAGAAUAUAUCAAUGUUCUUCUUUGCCAACAGAUGCCAUAUUAAACUGAUCAUUUGACUUGUAUAACAAAGAAUGUGGAAGUAUGAACCACCUGAAUCGGCCUCAUUCUCACGUCGCCUCACUUUAGUCUAGAUAAGUCAAUGUGAGAGAGACGGCCAGAACAUUGUUGUUUUUUGGUGCCUGCAUUGUAAGAAAGAGAUUGUCAUUUCAUACAUAUACAUUUGUGAUAAUGUAAAAAAUAAUUAUCAUGAAGAAACAUUUUGUCAUUUUAAGCCAAAAAUCCAACCUUCAUUGAAGAUAUCCUGAUAUUAUCAAUAACAAAGUGUUUUUAGAAUUCUUAAAACCAUGUGUCAAACCUUAGCCAUAUACACCUGCAGUGUAUAUCUCUCAUGAAUAGACCAAUUUUUUUGUAUUUUUUCAAAGCCUUGUUUUUUCGGCAAAACAUGGAUCUUUAUUACGCUUUAAAUAUGUUGUAAAUACAAAAAUUAUUAAGGAGAAUGAAAUCAAAUUUGUCAUUUUUAGGUCACUUAAACAAGGAUUAUAUUGUGUAACAUAGAUCCCUUGUGUUUUGUGACUGGUUAGUGGUGCUAUUUUUAGUAACAUCAUCAACACUUUGACCUAGAAUUAUAGUUACCUUUAUUUAUGUUUUCUUUUAGAGGGAGGUCCUUUGUUUACAAAAUUUGAGUAUAAAUAUUACACAAAGCAGGAGAGAAUAUCUUAUUGAACACAGACCCCGACUCAGAUGUUUGUUUUUUUUUUAUAGAUCUGUACUGCUGAUAUCUUGUUUAUCAUUUUGUAUAUGUCUGUAUUAUUUUGCCACAAACAUAUGUACUUAAUCAUUUUUAAUGUAAAACUGUUGUGUUUUUUAUUUUACAUUUGUGUUAAUUGAUAAAUACAUCAUAGUAGUUUAAUAAUGUAAACUGGCAAAGACAAAUUGCUCUUGUAUUGACAACAUGGAAUCUUCAUUUGUAAUGAAUUUAAUGUUGUAAUGCACCUUGGUUUAUAUUUUUCUUUGCACAAUUGGAAGUUGAUGGUUUCAACUCUUUUCUUUAAAUUUCACCAUAAAAUAAGCUUUUUUAAUCUAUAGACUUGAAAAAUGUUCUUAUUGUCACAAAAUGUAAAUCCUGGAUUUUAAGAAUUUUUUUACUGAAGUAAGUAUAAUGGAAAGUUUCCUGUUUUUAUUACUCCCAUUUCUCUUUUACACAUAAACCACUCUUCUUUACAUUUGUAAGUGAAAUGUUUAACUUGGAUACAUUUUAGAUAUUUUUUUAUAUAUCAUUUGCUUUAUGUCAAAGGUUGUGUACUCGUUAUUUAUAGAAAUGCAUUGUGUUUUACACAUUUUUUUUGUUUUCAAUACGUAGUUGUAUUUUAUACUUAGUACUUUAAUCAUGUGACGUCACGUUUGAUGACGUCACAAGUGAUGAAUAUUGCUUUUGGUUGUGUUUGUGUUUUUGUAGACAUUUUGACCUUGAACAAAACAUCUUUUUUCAAUAAAUUAUCAUAAUUA